AUGUAUACAAUCAACGCGAAUGAGUUAACCACCACAGUUUCUAUAUUUAGAGACGUCCAUCUGCUUCAACCUCCCCGAGAUGUUUCUCAUGGUAUUGCAAUUGUUUGUGACAGUUGGGCGGAAAUUAUAUCGGCAAAGAAGCGUGCUAGGAACGGUGCCAGAGUUCUGGCGGUAGUGAAAACAAACGCUUCGAGCAUCUCGGCGUUUUUUUCGUACGCCUGGAGCUCGCGUUUCAAGGACAUACUUAUAGUGCAAGCGGAACGAAAUGGGAAAGUAUACGCUUUUAAUCCGUUUUUUAAUCUCACGCAGAGAUUUGACUUUGACCAAGUGAAGGAGAUCAAAAGAUUUUUAAUCUCCAAAAGUUAUCAGGGGGUCGUCAUUAAUGGAACCCUAUUCGAUAAUAGCCCCAUAGCUGUUAAUGUCGGCGAUUUCUUUAUAGGUGUAGAUUCUAUGCUAAUACAAACUAUAAGUGAGCAAUUGAAUGUUAGAAUUGAGACUCACGAGCCAUAUGAUGGAGAACAGUUUGGUUACAGAAGUGAAAAUGGCUCCUUAACUGGUGCAGUUAUGGAACUAUACACAAAAGGGGCAGAUAUUGCAUUUAAUCAAGUUUUUGUAAAAGACUACGGCGCACCUGAUUUAAUUUUUACCAAUAUCAUCGCAGAUGACUGUGUUUGCGUAAUGGUACCUAAAGCGAAAUUGGUUCCGAAGUGGACCGCAAUGUUUUAUGCUUUUACCAAAGAAGUUUGGGCCCUAAUUUUUUUUAUUGUGGCUACUAUUACUGUCGGGCUUUAUAUCAUCAGAAAGUACAGCGUCGAUCGUACUGAAACAUUCCAACGCGCUUAUGAUCACACGUGGAACACCGUUUGCUUAGAUGUUUUUCAGGCACUCACUAAUGUAACAAACGGCAAUGUAUUUUCAAACAGGUACCAUCACAGAUUAGUUUUGCUAACAAUUUUCCUCUACGGUGUAACCAUUAACUCGCUGUUUCAGAGCACCUUAGUAACGACGUCGACAAGUGAAAAACGGUACCCAGAAAUAGACACAUUAGAGCAAUUGGCCCAAUCAAACUACUUAAUCUCGACUCACUCUCGCAGUCUAGCCGAUGUUUUCAAUAACACAGGAAAUUCAUCCAUGGACAAACUGAACAAACGGUUCGUCGUGCUAGGCAACGAGUCUCAGUACUCUGCCUUUAUUUCUCGCCGAUUGAAACACGGCGUCCUAACCGACCUAAAACAAAAGGGAACGGAAGGUUUACACAUAGUUCACGAGUGCGUCACAUCCUUCGCGCUUGCCUACUUGGUGCAUCGAGAUGCCUACUUUUUAGAUGAUUUCAAUAUCAUUAUUAAUCAAGUCGUUCAGGCUGGACUUAUACAUACAUGGAGGGCUACGCACAAAUUAAAUUUGUCUGAUCUUCUAGCCGAAAAUAAGUAUGUAGAAGCAGAAGAUAUGGGGUUUCCUCGUCCAUUUACUGUUGCCGACGUGCAGACGAGUUUUUAUAUCCUAAUCGUUGGCCUUACUAUAGGCUACAUCAUUUUUCUUUCCGAAUUCUACUCUGGACGCUGUUAUUACAUUCCAUAA